UCCCCCUCAUCCCGCUAUCAUCCUCUUUCUUCACUUCGCACCUUGCCCUAUACAUCGAGACAUUUCGUCCACUCGCACUUCUUCAUUUCGCCAUGGUCCGCUUCAACCUGCCCACCUUUUUCGCUGCUACCGCUGCGGCGGUAGCUGCUCUCUCCACGAGCGGCGUUUCCGCUGCGUCCUUUGAGAUGCGCGCACCUACCCGCAAGUGUGGUACCACCAGCCCGCUCUCUCCCGCGCUGGAGGCUGAGGCCGCCAAGGUGGUCGAGGCUCACAGGCUCGCCCUCGAGGCCGCUCGCGCGUCUGGAAACGCGACAGACUACAGGCUCAAUGCCGCCGCCGCGUCAUCUAUUCCAGUCGUCUGGAACAUCAUCACCGACGGCAGCAACGGCGCUCUAUCCAGCUCUGCCAUCAACGGUCAGAUCAACGUGCUCAACAAUGACUACGCAAACUCUGGCAUGCCUUACCGAUUCUCCCUCUCCUCCACCAAGACCACCGUCAACAGCAACUGGUUCAAAAACGCCUUCCCUGGCACCAGCGCCGAGUCCGCGAUGAAGAACGCGCUCAGGACUGGAGGCGCUAGCACUCUGAACCUGUACUCUGUUGACUUGUCAGCUCAGGGACUCCUCGGCUAUGCCACCUUCCCCAGCGACUACUCCAGCAAGCCCAAGUUUGACGGUGUCGUGUUCGAGUACCGCUCUGUUCCCGGAGGCAGCUUGGCUCCCUACAACCAAGGACGAACCCUCACCCACGAGGUUGGCCACUGGGUCGGUCUCUACCACACUUUCCAAGGAGGAUGCUCCGGAGCUGGCGACUCUGUCAGCGACACUGCGCCCGAAGCCUCCCCCGCUUCAGGAUGCCCCACUGGCCGCGACACUUGCUCCGGCGGUGGCGUCGACCCAAUCACCAACUACAUGGACUACUCUGACGAUGGCUGCAUGAACAACUUUACCGGCGGCCAAGUCACUCGUGCCAGCGGUCUCACUCGCCAGUACCGUGGCGUCUGAACGGCGUGGGAUCGCGUUCACCACUUCUCUCUGGCACCGUGGCUGGCCACCUUGACGAUACACUGCGCCUCCCAGCCGAUCUUCCACGGUCAUAAUAGCUAGGUCGAGUGCGCGUAAUGGCCCUUUCGACGAAAUACUUGCAUCUUUCAGGACUUGCUCGACCAUACACACCUUCUGCCGUUGCUUGCAAUGCACAUGUCAUCCGUCUACUUCAGA